GGAGAGUUAGGGAGGUGUGUGCAGUUUCACUUCUUAUUGAGACUACACAGGGACAAUACACAUCACGGACUGGAGCAUUUCUUAUACUGACAACUGCUGUGAGCUGUUAUCUAUACAGUCUCGUGAAAUAGAGGGUAAAGAGAAGAGGGGGGCUGGUCCAGAGACUGGGAUGUAAUGGCAUUGGUGAUAAAGCCUGUUCUUGCCAACGGACCGCCAGAAGAGAGUCCCAUGCUCAGAGGAGCCUCUCUGGAACAGCCCAGGGGAACCGAUGAAGAGCAGAAAGCUAAUGUUGCAAGUUCGACAUACAAGCAGAGGAGUGAGGAAUUUCGGAAACUUUUCAAAGAUUUGCCAGAAUCUGAGAAACUGAUAGUAGAUUAUGCAUGCGCUCUGCAGAAAGAUAUCUUACUCCAAGGUCGCCUUUACCUCUCUGAGAACUACGUCUGCUUCCACAGCAACAUCUUCCGAUGGGAAACCUCGAUUUGUUUACCACUCAGAGAUAUCACCUCUAUGACAAAGGAAAAAACUGCCCGUCUUAUCCCCAACGCCAUCCAAAUCAGCACGGAUAGUGAAAAGUUGUUUUUUACAUCAUUUGCGACAAGAGACAGAAGCUUCCUAAAUAUUUUUCGAAUGUGGCAGAAUGUACUUCUGGAUAAGACCCUGACCAAGAGGGAAUUUUGGCAACUGGUACAGCAGAGCUAUGGCACCGAGCUUGGGCUGAAUAAUGAGGAGAUGGAAAACCUCACCUUAACAACAGACGACACUGGCCAGCCAAGGAAUGCUGGCAAGAUGGUGCAUGAAGACAUCGCUGAGAAAACAGAGAAAAUGUUCAAACGCAACUCUUUGCCCAGAGAUGGUAUUUCCCAGACAACGGAGAUAGAUUCACCCAGUAUGAAUCUCUUGCAAAUAAUGUCAGGGCAGGUCCCACAAGAAGAGGUUCCGGUUGAAAAAAUGGUAAAGAAGUCCCCUCCCCUAAACUGUGAACGAAAGCAAAGCCUCCGAGCCAGCAUUGGGACGCCGGCCCUAACGCUAGACUUGAAUGGAAACGAAAACCAACAAGCGGACAGCAGUUGCACUGAUACAGCUGAUGAAGAAGAGGGAAAGGGUCCUACGGAACAAGUAGAAGGGAAGCUUUACAUAAACCGCGUCUUCCAUAUCAGUGCCGAGAGGAUGUUCCAGUUGCUUUUUACCCAGUCGCGGUUUAUGGAGAAAUUCUAUAAUUCAAGAAAAGUAUUUGAUCUGGAGUCCUCUCCCUGGCAGUUAGAUGGCACCGGUGGUAAACAGAGAACUGUGACCUACACCAUAACCACAAACAACCCGCUGGCCGGAAAGUUUACCACAGCUACAGACAAGCAGAUAUUAUACAAAGAAAGCCAAGAGGGGCAGUUAUAUGUAAUAGACACAGAGGUGGUCACACACGAUGUGCCUUAUCAUGAUUACUUCUACACUGUGAAUAAAUACUGUAUUAUCAGGACGUCCAAACAGAAAUGUCGUCUAUGGGUUUGUACAGAUGUGAAAUACAGGAAGCAGCCAUGGGGACUGGUCAAGACUUUCAUUGAGCGAAACUCCUGGAGUGGGCUGGAGGACUAUUUCAAACAGUUAGAGAAUGACCUUCUGGCGGAGGAAUCGACCUCAAAUCUUUUGCCAGGAGAUGGCAGUAAACCAAACAGUAUGAGGAGAAGGCGGCGCGCACACAGUCGCGGUGUUGGGGACCUUCCCAAACACGGAGCUUUGCAUGACUCAGCAGAUAUAGGGCAUGAGACAAAGGCUGACCAUGCAGGGAGAAGAGACCUUGGUAGAAGAAACACUGUGAUUAUUCUAACAAUGAGCAUAUUUCUGGUCCUUCUAGCGAUACUAAAUGUAACGCUAUUUCUGAAGCUGUCCAAAAUAGAGCACGCAGCUCAUUCAUUCUAUCACGAUCAUCUCCAGCAGGAUAAAACCACCAGGCUACACUCCAGAGAUGAGGGCCAGCCUCACAAUAACCAGGCUUAUAUGCCAGGGCUCAGAGGCGUGCUGCAGGACUCCAUAAUUACCCUGGAGCAGCUCAAGAAUUCUUUACUGCAGCUCCAGAAAAGCUUUGAUCUUCUGAACAGAACAAAGGAAGAAGUAUCUGUGAGUUAACCCUUACCUGAUCGAUGCUGUAGACUUUUAAUGAAGGAAAUCCCGGCUAUGUCACAGCUGACAAGGAACUCUGCGUCUGACAUUGUCUUUGGGACCCCAGGGCAAACUUGGCGAGCAUGUGAUCGCUACAUUCCUGCGUUUACAAGUCGGCUCGCUUUCUCAUUUCUAUAGAGCCACUAGCUCGUGCCGUGUUUUUGUGUAUAGAAAAAUAUUUAAAAUCUAAAAUGUUUACUUUGUUUAUAUUUAUGUUCAUUGUUCUUAAAAUGUUUCCUUAGAUCACUUUAUUUUUCAGAUUUUGUAAAUUAUAAAUAAAAAGGAAAAAUGGAUAUAAUUAUGUUUUUACAAUAAAAGCAAAAUACAGUAUGUUUUACAAGAUGUCGCAGGAUACCUUAGAUGGAUUUUUAAAUGUCUUUUCCAUAUUCACAGUGAGAUCAACAAUUCUAUUCAUCAGAAGGGCUGUUAGCACAAACAAUACAGAAACACGAUAUCGAAUACAGUUACUGCUGCUGGAGCCCUUUUUAGAUUUAAAACUUUACAGCUGUAACAUUGCCAUUUACAACAUUGGACAUUUUGCAGCACGUUAAUGUGGCAAAAUUGUGCUAACCCCGUGAUUGCCAAAGUAUUGUGCUAUUAACCUACAAAAACCGUACUGCUCGCAGUGCAAUUGCAGAAUUUUAAAAUCUCCUUAAAAAUCAGAAAUUUUAAAGGGACAUUGAAAUCAAAAUUGAAUCUUUCAUAAAAUAUAUUGUAGUGUUCAUUCAUUAUUGUAUUUUGCCUGCUUUUGCUGUAACGCACCUUUCAAAAUUGUGUGUGUUCUAAUUUCCCCCAGCGAGGCUGGCACUCAAAUUGUACACUUAAAACUCAAACAAAACAUUUUCAUUAUUCAGAUAGAUAAUAUUAUUUUAAACAACUUUUUAAUUUACUUAUAUUAUCUAAUUUGAUUCAUUCAUUUGGUAUUCUUUGUUAAAGAAACAGCAAUGCACAUGGGAGAGCCAAUAACAUGAGGUUUAUGUGUGCAGCCCCCAAUCAGCAGCUUCUGAGCCUACCUAGGUAUCCUUUUAAUCAAAGCAUACCAAGAAAACAAAAUCAAUUAGAUAAUUGAAGUAAAUUAGAAAGUUGUUUAAAACUGCAUGGUCUUUCUGCAUUAUGAAAAAAACUAAUUUAGGUUUCAUGUUCCUUUAAGUAUGCUAUUGGUUGCCGGAUCUUGCUGCACAAUGAACAAAACACAAAUGGCCACAAACAAGGAAGAUACGUUUAGUUUUUUCCUGGACUGCUCUUGAAUUGCAAAAAAAAAAAAAAACUUUUAUAUUCAUUAAAAACCAUUUAUUUUGUAUGGAA